AUGAGGAGGGAGAACCAGAGCAGCGUGUCCGAGUUCCUCCUCCUGGGGCUCCCCAUCCGGCCAGAGCAGCAGGCCAUGUUCUUCGCCCUGUUCCUGGGCAUGUACCUGACCACAGUGCUGGGGAACCUGCUCGUCAUCCUGCUCAUCAGGCUGGACUCUCGCCUCCACACCCCUAUGUACUUCUUCCUCAGCCACUUGGCCUUCACUGAUGUCUCCUUCUCAUCUGUCACUGUCCCCAAAAUGUUGAUGGACAUGCAUGCUAAGUACAAAUCCAUCCCCUAUGAAGGGUGUAUUUCACAAAUGUAUUUUUUUAUAUUUUUUACUGACCUGGACAGCUUCCUUAUUACAUCAAUGGCAUAUGAUCGCUAUGCGGCUAUAUGUCACCCUCUUCAUUAUACCACCAUCAUGAGGGAAGAGCUGUGUGCCUUACUACUGGCUAUAUCUUGGAUCCUGUCCUGUGCCAGCUCUCUUUCCCACACCCUUCUCCUCACCCAGUUAUCCUUCUAGCAGAAGGUGAACAUGAGGCCUGAGAACCAGAGCAGCACAUCUGAGUUCCUCCUCCUGGGGCUCCCCAUCCGGCCAGAGCAGCAGGCCAUAUUCUUCACCCUAUUCCUGGGCAUGUACCUGACCACGGUGCUGGGGAACCUGCUCAUCAUCCUGCUCAUCAGGCUGGACUCUCGCCUCCACACCCCUAUGUACUUCUUCCUCAGCCACUUGGCCCUCACUGAUGUCUCCUUCUCAUCUGUCACCGUCCCCAAGAUGCUGAUAAACAUGCACUUUCAGGAUCAAUCCAUCCCCUACACAGGCUGUGUAACACAGAUGUAUUUUUUCAUAUUUUUUACUGAUCUGGACAAUUUUCUUCUCACAUCAAUGGCAUAUGAUCGGUAUGUGGCUAUCUGUCACCCACUCCACUAUACCACCAUCAUGAGAGAGGGGGUGUGUAUCUUACUAGUAGCUGUAUCUUGGAUCCUGUCCUGUGCCAGUGCCCUGUCUCACACCCUCCUCUUGGCCCAGCUGUCCUUUUGUGCUGACAAUGCCAUCCCCCAUUUCUUCUGUGACCUUGGUGUCCUGCUCAAGCUCUCCUGCUCAGACACCUCCCUUAAUGAGCUGGUCAUUUUCACAGCAGGUGUGGCAGUCAUUACUAUCCCACUAAUUUGCAUCUUGAUCUCUUAUGGCCACAUUGGGGCCACCAUCUUGAAGGUUCCCUCUACCAGGGGGAUCUGCAAAGCCUUGUCCACGUGUGGCUCCCACCUCUCUGUGGUAUCUUUGUAUUACGGAACAAUCAUUGGGCUGUAUUUUUUCCCUUCAUCCAGCAGUUCCAGUGACAAGAACAUUAUUGCCUCUGUGAUGUACACAGUGGUCACUCCAUUGCUUAACCCUUUCAUUUAUAGCCUAAGGAACAGAGACAUGAAAGGGUCCCUGGAGAAACUCCUCAACAGGCCAAUAGUCUUAUGUCAGUGA